CUUCCUUUCCUUUAUUUUAUUAUAUAAAAUAGCUUAAAAUAUACACAUACAUACAUAGUUGGAUAUUUAAUUUACCAUGCUAACAAUGCAAUCAUUCUUCUUUCUUACUCUUUUUUACACUCUUCUUUUGUUCACUCAAGCUAUUUAUUCUAAACCAGUUGAUAAUGAUUGGGUACCUCAAAAUCCAUUUAAACAUCAACGAAGAUCUCUUGCCUUUAGAAAACGAGACGCGCCUUCAGCAGCAGAUACUUUGAUCGCUGCUGUUCCUCAGCAAUUAUCUUCAGCUCCUACACUUCCUGGUCCUGAUGCUUUAAUGUUACCUACACUUCCUGAUACCACCACUUUACUUCAACAAGUUCCUCCUCUUCCUGCUUUACCUGCUUUGCCAAAUCUGGGUACUGCUGCUGCUAUUCCGCCAGCUGGAUUCCCUGUUAUGGGUUCAUCUCCUCCUCCUCCUCCUCCCUCAACACAACCAGCCCCCAAUAAUGGUAAGAAGAAAGAUGAGGAAGAGGAUGAAGAAGAAGAGGAUGAAGAUUAAAUUAAUAUACAUAUUAUAUAAAGUAUGCUGUAUGCAGUAUGCUUAAAGUAAAU